AUGACUGCGUUAGCGGGGUCGGUACCCAGGAUGAUGCGACCCACGCUGGCCCAGAACUACCCCCGCAGCGGCUUCCCCCUGGAAGUGUCCACCCCGCUGGGUCAAGGCCGAGUCAACCAGCUCGGAGGAGUCUUCAUCAACGGCAGACCUUUGCCCAACCACAUCCGCCACAAGAUCGUGGAGAUGGCCCACCACGGGAUCCGGCCGUGCGUCAUUUCCCGACAGCUCCGCGUCUCCCACGGCUGCGUGUCCAAAAUCCUGUGCCGGUACCAGGAGACGGGUUCUAUCCGACCCGGAGCCAUCGGAGGCAGCAAACCCAAGGGAACCCCGCCGGACGUGGAGAGGAGAAUAGAGGAGUACAAGCGGGAACACCCGGGUAUGUUUAGCUGGGAGAUUCGGGAUAAAUUACUGAAGGAUGGGAUGUGUGACCGCAACAACGUUCCCUCAGUGAGCUCCAUCAGUCGCAUGAUGCGGAGUAAAUUUGGAGGCAAGGGCGAUGAAGAGGAGGAUGAAGAGGAGAUCGAGAAGAAAGAGCAGGAGGACAGCGAGCGGAGGACCAAACACAGCAUCGAGGGAAUCUUAGGAGACAGAUCUAGCCAUUCAGACGACGGUUCGGAUGUUGAGUCGGAACCGGAUUUGCCACUGAAAAGAAAGCAGCGGCGCAGUCGGACCACCUUUACCGCAGAGCAGCUGGACGAGCUGGAGAGGGCCUUCGAGAGGACACACUAUCCUGACAUCUACACCAGGGAGGAGCUGGCUCAGAGGGCCAAGCUCACUGAAGCCAGGGUGCAGGUUUGGUUUAGCAACAGAAGAGCGAGGUGGAGGAAACAAGCUGGAGCCAAUCAAAUGAUGGCGUUUAACCACCUGAUCCCGGGAGGUUUCCCAGCCUCAGCCAUGUCCAGCAUCCCACCCUACCAGCUCUCCGACAGCGCCUACCCUCCCUCAUCCAUCGCACAAGUGUCGGAGCCACCCAGCACAGUGCACCGUCCCCAGCCUCUGCCCCCCUCCUCCAGCCACCAAGCCUCCGCCGGUGGAGGUCAGGGAGAAGGAGGCUCUGCCUACUGCCUCUCCUCUGGACGCCACUCCUUCUCCGGCUAUUCAGACAGCUUCGUGAGCCCUGGAGGACCAAGCAACCCCACUAUAGGAAAUGGGCUCUCCCCACAGGUGAUGGGUCUCCUAAACCCCGGCGGGGUUCCGCAUCAACCCCAAAGCGACUACGCCAUCUCCCCGCUGACGGGUGGCCUGGAACCCCCCACCGGCAUGGCGGCCAGCUGCAGCCAGCGCAUGGACCACAUCAAGGGUUUGGAGGGUCUCACCAGCGUACCCUCCAUGUCGGCUCUGCCCUCUCUGCCCAGCUCGCAGUCUUACUGCCCCCCCUCGUACAGCUCACAGGGCUACACCGUCGACCACGUGGCGUCCUACCAGUACAGCCAGUACGCACAAAGUGCCCUUCCUUAUCUGAGGCCUGAAAUCACCUGACCAGCAGCUCAGCUCUUCACAAAGGGACGUGUGUUUGCAUGCUGACGUAAAAAGCCUUCAUGUCUGGACCAAAACUUCGGCGCGGCGGAUCAGCACACAUCCUCCGCCGCAGGAUAGAAAAAAGAAAAAAAAAAACAAGGGAUCACAAGAAGGAAAAACAGGAGCGAGAACUGUAAAUUGACUGUGAAUGUUUGACCAUCUACUGUGCCACAAAGAGGCACUUUCCACCGUGACCCAAAAGCAGGUCUGCUUUGCAAAGACAGUGACCCAAACCUCAGAGCAGAGCCGACAGUGAUGUGUUUACACGUGGAAACACCAGUGAAUUCCAGGUAACUUCAGCGUCAUUCCAGACUACAGAAAAGGGCUUUUUGUUGUUUCAUGACUUUUAUUUAAGACUCCAACGUCCCACACAUGAGUAGAAAUUCCAGAGAGAAGGAAAACAAACAUAAGCUGAUGAGUCUGUGGCUUUUAUUGUAUCUAAUGUACACCCCAGCUGUUCUACAGAGAGGGAUCAUCCAAACAUUCCUCCCCCCUCGGGCUCCGCUCCGGCCUCUCGGCCCCUCCGCCUCAUUCAUGUCUCGGACGGCGAGGCAAAGAUCCUGGCCUUUUGUGGCUCUUCAGAGCAGCUCAGAGGAGGUCAAAGGCUGGCUUUAGGGAGAGUGACAGAUGAGAGAGCAGCAGUGGAGGGCGGCAGGCAAAGGGGGGGUACAAGCAAGAUCGAUCACAGCAUGAAAAAAAAAGCCUUUAGAGGUCCUCACGGCGAGAAAAAGCCAGUGGGUCACAAGUCACGACUGAGAGACACUUGAGACACUAGAGGAGGUCAAAGACUGCCUAGUCGCCCACCUGAACAGAAGUGCAAUAUCACUGAUCCGACAGUCAAUUCCACAACAAGUCCCCAAAAAAAGAAACGUUCAUUUGAAUGUUUACAAAAGAGAAACAACUCUGAUGCCUUCAGUUUCACGUCACAUGAGAAAGGCCAGAAAACCUCCACCAGGAAAAACAACGGUGCAAAGAUGGAAUGAUAAAGCCAAACUCCUCUACCUUUCUGGGACCUUUCAUUUGCAGGAGAUCUGAGGGGGUUCUGUUGUAUUUAUUUGUGCCAUCACAUCACAUCUAUGGGGGUUACACCAUAUCUGUUUGGGUGUUCCUAUCCACUAUAUCAGUGGUCCCCAACCCUUGGGUCAUGGGCUGGUACCGGUCCGUGGGUCACUUGGUACCAGGCCUCAACUUAGAUUAUUUCCGGUUAGAUUAUUUUCUGAUCCUGAAGGAAGUUUUAUUUUGGAAAAUUGCAAGAUUUUGUUCACAACAUCUGUCUUGGUCACGUGACUUAAAGUGGCUACCUGGAUUUCUAGGCUAGUAGCCAAAUGCUAACAAAUAAAACGUACUUGGGAAGUGUCUUAGCAGAGAAAAGAGCCAGUGAGGAAACCAAAUGAGAGCUUUCGACUUCAUAAAACAAUAAAGCUGCUGUUUACAUGCAAAAGAGUUGUUCUCAUGUAGCAUGUAGCUCUGUCUAACACACAGCAACAGACUCGACUGUUUCACACACGCAGAUAAUAAAGUUGGAGACAUGGUGGAUUUAUGUUCAUAUUAUAUUUACAAAAUACCAGUUUUAUGACAGUUGUGUCAUUUAAUUAUGCUUUAUUUGUCCAUCACACCUUAAAAGUCAGACGUAGCUGAAGCUAGGGUCUGGUUGUUAGUCUCUACUUUGACGUUAAAGGGAAAAUCAUCAUCAUAAAGUUUAAACCAGUCCCAAACAUUUUACGGAGAAUGAAGAUUCAAUCAAGUAGUUGCUGACUUGUGGAAGCUGGUUAGAGAGAUGUUUGAGAAUUUUCCAACAGCAAGGCUGAAUUAGGCAGAAACUGUAGCUCAGAAAAUGUUCCUUUGUGUUGAAAAAUACUCAAUGAAUGAGGAUUUAUGUAAAGACAAAAUACGAUCAAUCUUUUUGCCCUGAAAGAUCAUCGAAGCCUAGAUUGAGUGUUAAAAUGACAUCCUAUGGGAAAGAGAAUUAUCAAAUGAAAAACUUUGUUUCAUUGAAUUUUCAUCAUGUGGGGAAAAAAAAUAUCUACUGAUAUUUUACAAAUGCCAACUCCUGUCCAGCUCCUGCCCCGUUUGAACCGGUCCGUGAAAAUAUUGUCUAAUUUAAACCAAUCUGUGGCCUGAAAAGGUUGGGGACCACUCAAUUACACUACAUCGGGGUGGGGGGUGGGGGGUGGGGGUUGUCCCACCAUUAUGUCACAUCUGUGGGGGUGUUCCCACCAUCAUACUAAGUCUGUGGGAGUGUUACUGUUUGUUACACGGCGUCUUUGGGGGUGUUCCUAACUGUUACACCAGGCCUGUGGGGGUGCUCCUCUUACAUUGGGUGUGUUGGAGCUGUUUUUACCGUUACACCCUCCCAUGAGGGUGUUCCUAACUGUUACAUCGGGUUCUUGGAGGUUUUCCUACCAGUGCGCUGAAUCUGUGGGGGUGCUCCCAUUGUAACGUUGUGUCUUUGUUCUUAUUGUUACACCGCAUCAUUGGGUGUGUUCCUACUGUUAUACCACAUUUGUGGGGGUUUUCCUACCAUUACACUUUUGUACAGCUGGGCGACAGGAAGCAGAAAUAAUUCACUCAUCAGCCAACAGUUGGUCUUCUCCCUCCAUUUCCCUGAUAUAUUUUUUUGUAUUCUUCGACGAAGCGUCGUGACGUAACGUCAUGUGUAUACACGCAUUACCAAUGCUAUUUAUGAUCAAAUAAAAACUCUGAAAAGUU